UGCUGGGCUCGAUGCUGGCGGCGGGAGACGAGCGGCUCUACGCGGCGGCGGUGAUGCCCGCUCUCCGGGCGCUGCCCCCGGAGGCCGCCCACUGCCUGGCUCUGCGCGCUGCUGCCCUCGGACUGCUGCCCCCAGCCCGUCCCGACGGCCCCGCGCUGGAGGUGCGAGUCCUCGGGCAGCGAUUCCGCAACCCCCUGGGCCUGGCCGCUGGCUUUGACAAGCAGGGUGAGGCUGUGGACGGGCUAUACAAGAUGGGCUUUGGCUUUGUGGAAGUGGGGACCGUCACACCCAAGCCCCAGGAAGGGAACCCCAAGCCCAGGGUCUUCCGGCUGGCAGAGGAUGAGGCGGUCAUCAACAGGUAUGGAUUCAACAGCCAUGGCCACGUUGCAGUGGAACGCAGGCUGCGGGCCCGCCAGGAGACACAGACCAGGCUCACUGGUGGUGAGAUAAGACUUUGCUCUUCGGGUAUGCCCCUUGGAAUCAACCUGGGCAAGAACAAGAGCUCCAUAGAUGCAGCAGCUGACUACGUGGCUGGGGUCCGGACGCUGGGCCCUUUGGCUGACUACCUGGUUGUGAAUGUGUCCAGCCCAAACACCCCAGGGCUGCGGGACCUGCAGGGCAAGACUGAGCUGCAGGACCUGCUGAGAAAGGUGCUGGCGGAGAGGGACCUGCUGUCCUGCAAGCACAAGCCAGCCGUGUUGGUGAAGAUCGCCCCCGACCUCACUGCACAGGACAAGCGUGACAUUGCCAGCGUUGUCUGCGAGCUAGGUGUGGAUGGGUUGAUUGUCAGCAACACCACUGUGAGCCGCCCCAGCAGCCUCCGGAGCAGGCAGCGCAUGGAGCCCGGGGGCCUCAGUGGGAAGCCACUGCGGGAGCUCUCCACACAGACCAUCAGGGAGAUGUACUGUCUCACUCAAGGUCGGGUGCCCAUCAUCGGGGUGGGUGGGGUGAGCAGCGGGCGGGAUGCCCUGGAGAAGAUCCGCGCCGGAGCCUCGCUUGUGCAGCUGUACACAGCCCUCGUGUACCACGGGCCGCCGGUGGUGGGGGCAGUAAAGCGGGAACUGGAGGAGCUGCUGAGGGAGCAGGGCUUCAAGAAUGUCAUGGAUGCUGUUGGAGCGGAUCACCGGUGCUGACAUGCUGCAGAACCAAGGUCUAGCCGGGAGGACCCAUGGCUAAGCAGGGAUGAGUCUGAUAAUUCCAGUGCUGGGCAGGCUGGGACCAAGCCACAGUCCUGGUCUCAGCCCCUGAGAAGAGCCUGUGAUGGGUGAAGCAGGGGCUGCAUUGGUGGGGAGCAGGGGAGGGGACCUUCCACACCAGUGCCACCGCCCAGAGCUGUGUUUUGCUUCCCUAUGGGCAGCUGAACCCAGCCCAAGUGUCAAUAAACAUUUGGCUCACCU